AUGAUAGCUCCAACAUCUUCACCAGAAGAGAGCGUUCGGGCCAAAUUUGACGAAAAGACCCCCAGGUUCAGUGAUGGAGCACUGCAAUUACUGGAAGCCGGUCUGCCGAGCGUUCUGGAUCCCGCCGCAUCUAAAAGACUGUUGCGGAAGAUCGAUCUGUAUAUUAUGCCACUGAUUUGCAUCGUAUACUUCCUACAGUAUCUGGACAAAAUCGCCAUCAGUUAUGCCAGUGUCACCGGAAUGCGCGAGUCAGCGAACCUCCAGGGCAACCAAUUCAACUGGGUGUCGAGUAUCUUCUUUUUCGGCCAGUUGGCGUUCGCAUUUCCCACUAUGCGUGUCAUGCAAGCAUUCCCCCUGGCCAAAUACGUCGCCGUCAACGUGACAAUCUGGGGCACCAUCCUGGCCUGCAUGUCCGCAUGCAAGUCAUUUGCCUCCCUGAUGGUCUGCCGCACACUUCUGGGCGCCGCAGAAGCCUCUAUCGUGCCCGCCUGGGUCGUCUUCACCUCGCAGUGGUACCGGAAGGACGAACAGGCGUUCCGCGUCGGCGUGUGGUUCGGCAUGUGUGGAUUCGCGCAGAUGUUCGGCGGCUACGUGGCAUAUGGUGUCGCAACUCACGUCGGUGGGGACCCAAGCGCCGCCCUGCGAGGUUGGCAGGUUAUUUUCCUGAUCCUGGGUCUGCUGACCGUGGUGACCGGUGUCCUCUUCUUCUUCCUCCUGCCUGAUUCCCCUCUAACGGCAAGGUUUUUGUCCCCGGAAGAAAAGGCAAUGCACGCGGAGCGUCUUCGGGGUAACGGACAAGGCAUCGGAAGCAAUGUCUUCAAAAAGGCACAGGUCUACGAAGCUCUUACCGACCCGCACACCUGGCUCUACGCCUUCUGGGUCCUGGCGGCAAAUGUACCAAACUCCAUUGCCACGAGUUUUGGAAACAUCAUGGUAACGGGCAUGGGCUUCUCGAAAAUGGAGAGUCUUCUGCUUGUGACACCCAUGGGUGCUUAUGAGGUGGUUGCACUGGUUGGCCUGACCUAUCUGGCAAUGAAGACCCGGCGACGACUCCUCUGGUGCAUCGUCGGCCAUAUCCUGGCGAUCGUGGGUGCGAUUUUGAUGGCGACAACGGAUAAGGUGCCAGCCCUUAUUGGAUACUAUCUCACUGGAGGCAUUCCAAUCGGAUGGACGACAAUUCUUGGACUCACCAGUACCAAUGUGGCUGGCUCAACCAAGAAGAUCACCGUGUCCUGCAUCCAGACGAUCGCCUACACUGUCGGCAACAUCAUCUCGCCACAGACCUUCCAAGCCAAAGACGCUCCGGGGUAUUUGCCCGCCAAGAUCUCUAUCUGCAUCCUGUAUGUCAUCAUCACGCUCGAUCUGUGCCUUAUCUGGUGGAUCUCGCAGCGGGAGAAUCGCCGACGAGAUCAGGAGAAGCAGGCAUUGGGUGAUGCGUAUGUCGUUCCAGAGAACCAUGAAUUUUUGGACCUUACAGACCGAGAGAAUCCGGAAUUCCGCUACGCGAUAUGA